GCGGGUUUUCCCAAUUUCUCCAUCUUCCUCAAGCUAUGGCUCUAAUCUCUGCGUGACCCCAUUUUCAAGCAGCGAAAUUGUUGAAGUUUACCAAAAUCGCUCACAUCCCUACUACUCUCCUCUGGAAAUUUGGCACCGGUGCUCUCGAUUUCGUUCGACAUGAGUUCUACCCAAGAAGGUAUGUAGAUUUCCUUUACGAUAUUUUUGCUUCAUAAUAAUCGUCCAUUUAUCACUUGUUCAUGCUAAUUGACCUCGAUUUGUUAAGCGAAACGAUCGAUUCUGUACUUUGUCAAAUUUAUCAGUUUUACCCUAACAUUGUGGUCUAGUACAGAAAAUCGUUGUUUCGUUGAUGUAGCUUUUUAAUUUGUUAGAAAAAUCAUAUAUUUGUAGAUUAUCUAAUACUUGUGCUGCGCAUUUUCGUGAGAUUUGGAUACAGCUAGUGGCAGAGAUGGAGGCAAGGCUAACAAAACCGAUAAGACCAGACGUAUUUGGUCCCCACGCGAGGAAGACAUCCUUAUUGCAGCGCUUAAAGAACUGGUUGCUCAAGGAUGGAAAUCAGACAAUGGGUUUCGAGGUGGGUAUCUUAAGAAGCUUGAAGACACGAUGAAAAGAGAGUUUCCUGGGACGGACCUGAAAGGAACACCUCAUAUCAAUUCUAAGCUGUGUACGUGGAAGAAAAAUUACAAUUCUCUAAUCGAAAUCUUGAAGCCGAGUGGAGUUGGGUUCAAUCUGAAAGGAACAUUCAUGAUUGAUAUUGAUAAUCAUCAAUGGGAUGAAGUUCUAAAGAAGGAUAAUAAUGCGAGGAACAUGCGCUUUAAGCCUUGGCCUUAUCUGGAUGAUUGGAAAGAGAUUUUUGGGAAAGACAGGGCAACUGGCCAGUCUGCUGAGGACAUUUUCGAUGCUCUCGGUAAGUUGCCACGUGACGACAACUUGGAAGAAGAUGGAAUAGAUAGCGAAUUCAGAGCAUUGGAUGAGCAAGUUGAAACAGAAAAUGGUGAAAAUAGUUCUAUAGGCCAACAAGCUGAGCAAGUUUGUAAGUCUAAAAGCAAGAAACGCAAAUCAGGAGAUGGCCUCGAAAAUCUGUUCGCACUUAUAGGUGAUAUUGGCCGUGAAACAGCAUCUAGAAUGGACAUAAUGUGCAGUAGAAUUGGCUACGAUCAUGACUUAGCAAAGGCGAGGAAGGAUGCGUUCGAAUGCCUGAGUAACAUGCAAGGUAUCUCCGAAGAUGAAAAGUUUGAUGUCUGCGAAAUUUUAAACGAGAAAGUGUCGUGCCUUGAGAUGUUCAGGAGCUUACCAGAAAGUUCUCGGGAAAGCUAUGUGUAUCGUCUUCUUAGAAAAAGAUAGAGAAGUUGCUUGGAUUGUAAUGACUGAAGAAGGGCAGACGAGCUUGAAGUUUUUGGUUUAAGCAACUGAUUUUGUAACUAGAUAUGUGCUUGUUUUUUUACAGCAUGGAAGACAAUUAUGUAAUCCUUAUAUUCAGUUCUAGAAAUCCCCUAUGGUUCAAGCAGGGAAUUAUGUAAUUAAGUAAUCUUGUAGGCUGAUGAACC